AAAAAAAUACUCCUAGAAGAGAGAAGCAUCGUCCAUCUCUUUCCCUUGCCUUUGUUCCCUCUUCCUCCCUCCUCCUGCUGACCCGACCCGACCUACCAACCCGCCUCCCCCACCGCAGCAGCUCGGAAUCUCCCCUCGCCGUCGGCCCGCCCCACGGCCGCCGUCGCGCCGUGCCUCGCCACCGACGCCUCCGUCCCGUGCCACCUCCUGCAAGCACCCCCGGCCCCUCACGACGCGUCGCCGCCGUCCCCCCCUUUCGCUCGUAGGGGCGUCGCGUUCCUGCUGCCUCCGCCCCGUCCGCGGUCCCCGGCCGCCGGUCUCCGAGAUAUCGUUCCAUUGUCGGUCCAUCGGGAAAGUCCAGGGUGUUGCAUGCCAUAACGAGAAAAGCCCGUGCUUAUGCUCUCAUCUGACUGGCAGAAUAUGGUAAUCGAUCAGUUUUGGUAACAUUGUGGUGAGUGCGCUGCUGGUUAGAUAUACCACAGAUCCUUCCAUAUUCGAUAUGCCAUCAUGGUGGGGGAAGUCUUCCUCCAAAGAUGCAAAGAAAACCACCAAAGAGAACCUCAUGGAUACAUUUCAUCGGUUUAUAAGUCCAAAUGAGCAAAAAGGAAGCACAAAAUCAAAACGGAGGUAUAGACGUGGCGAUGAUACAACUGUUGAAAAGGUCUGCCAGUCUACCACAGUAUCGCGCGCAACUUCACCCUCAAAAGAAGUUUCUCGCUGUCAAAGCUUUUCAGCUGAUAGGCUACAUCCCCAACCACUUCCUGUUCCUGGAUCAUGUCCUGCAGUGACACGUACUGCUUCUGAUGUCACUGAAUCAAGGCCCAUAUUAGAAAAACGUGGCAAACCACCACUGCUUCUGCCACUUCCUAAACCUAACAGGCCUCAGAGAAGGUCAGAAAUAGUGACUGCUUCCCUCUCUAGCAACUGCUCUGUUGAUAGUGAUGACCAUGGAGAUUCUCAGCUUCCGAGCCCUGUUGGAAAUGAUGCUGAAAACACAACAAAUACUACUUCCAAGAGCAAGUCAAGUAAUGUGCGCAAAGAGCGUCCUGGUGCUAUCACCACCAAGAAUACCAAGGAGAUGGCAAAGACAGCUAAUCAAUUCCUCAGUAACCAUACAUUGUCCACAUCACCGAGAGGUAUUGCAGCUGACAAUCACCAACCUAAUCCACAAAAUCCUCGGCCGGUAGUCUUGGAGAGUGCUCCGAAUAGUUUGAUGUCAAGUCCUUCUAGAAGUCCGAGAAGAAUAUGUCCGGACCAUAUUCCAACUUCAGCCUUUUGGGCAGUGAAGCCUCAUACAGAUGUUACUUUCCUUGGCUCUGGUCAGUGCUCCAGUCCAGGUUCAGGGCAAACAUCUGGCCAUAACUCUGUGGGUGGUGAUAUGCUAGCCCAGCUUUUCUGGCAGCCCAGCAGAGGUAGUCCAGAGUGUUCACCGAUUCCUAGCCCAAGAAUGACAAGUCCUGGCCCUAGUUCCAGGGUGCACAGUGGAAGUGUUUCUCCAUUGCAUCCGAGGUCUGGAGGGAUGGCACCUGAAUCUCCGACAGGUCGGAAUGAUGGUGGGAAGAAGAAGCAAACCCACAGAUUGCCUCUUCCACCACUGAGCAUCUCUAAUAGUUCAUUUUUUCCAAACAAGUCCACGCCAGCUAGUCCUAUUUCAGCGCCUCGUAGUCCUGGCCGAACAGAGAAUCCACCAAGUCCUGGAUCACGAUGGAAGAAGGGGAAGCUGAUUGGUCGUGGGACAUUUGGCCAUGUAUAUGUUGGCUUUAACAGUGAUAGCGGUGAAAUGUGUGCUAUGAAAGAGGUGACCCUAUUCUCGGAUGAUCCUAAAUCAAAGGAAAGUGCAAAGCAGUUGGGGCAGGAAAUAUCGCUCUUGAGCCGCUUACAACACCCAAAUAUCGUACGAUACUAUGGCACAGAAACGGUUGAUGACAAACUGUAUAUAUACUUGGAGUUUGUGUCUGGUGGAUCUAUCCAUAAACUUCUACAAGAGUAUGGACAGCUUGGUGAACCAGCAAUACGCAGCUACACUCAGCAGAUACUCUCAGGCUUAGCUUAUUUGCAUGCGAAGAAUACAGUCCAUAGGGAUAUCAAAGGUGCAAACAUACUAGUAGAUCCUAGCGGUCGUGUUAAGCUUGCAGACUUUGGAAUGGCUAAACAUAUCAAUGGGCAGCAAUGUCCUUUCUCAUUUAAGGGUAGUCCAUAUUGGAUGGCUCCAGAGGUUAUAAAGAGUUCGAAUGGUGGUUGCAAUCUUGCGGUUGACAUAUGGAGUUUAGGAUGCACUGUCCUGGAGAUGGCUACCGCAAAACCCCCAUGGAGCCAGUACGAAGGGAUUGCUGCAAUGUUCAAGAUUGGAAAUAGCAAGGAACUUCCACCAAUACCAGAUCACCUAUCAGAGCAGUGCAAGGACUUCAUCAGAAAGUGUCUGCAACGUGAUCCUUCUCAACGGCCGACAGCAAUGGAGCUUUUGCAACACCCGUUCAUACAAUAUAAAGUCCGACUUGAGAAAUCCGUUAUGUCUGAUCCUUUGGAACAUUUGCCCGUGAUAUCUUGUAGACCGAAUUCUAAGGUGGCUGGACAUACAACAAAUAUCUCGUCAUUGGGAUUGGAGGGUCAGACAAUUUACCAGAGAAGGGGUGCAAAAUAUUCUUCGAAGCAUAGCGAUAUCCAUAUACGGAGCAAUAUAUCCUGUCCAGUUUCUCCAUGUGGAAGUCCUCUGCUAAGGUCAAGGUCUCCCCAACAUACAAAUGGCCGAAUGUCGCCAUCUCCAAUUUCAAGCCCCAGAACCCUUUCAGGCGCUUCUACUCCCCUGUCUGGUGGCAAUGGUGCUAUUCCCUUUAAUCAUUCAAAGCAACCAACCUACAGCAAUGAAGGAUUUGCAAUCGCAUCAAGAGGCCCAGAUGAUCACUUCCCCAACCGGCCUACAGACCGUAACCUUGGGCAGUUUGGUCGAGUGCAUCAAGUCUCACAGGGGGUUCAGGAGAGGAUAGUAUCUGAAGCUAACAUUCUGAGUCCUCAAUUUGGAAAGAGGCUUGGAAACGUUUUUGAUUUGCGUGAUAGACUGUCCCCUUCUGAACAUUUCACUCGUCCUGCCUUGGUGGAUCAUGUGAAGCCAAAUCCUUCACUAGACUUAACAACUGGUUCUCCCCACCAUGGACUCAAGCGUGAUAACUAACUAUCAAGGAUAGGCCAAGUGAAUUUUUUUGGAGCUUGGCAGGGUAACUAAGUGGUUUUCAGCUGCUUUGGCCAGUCAGUGGCUUGAAUUGUACUCCCUCCGUCCGGAAAUACUUGUCGGACAAAUGGAUGUAUCUAGAUGUAUUUUAGUUGUAGAUACAUCUAUUUCUAUCCAUUUCUCCGACAAGUAUUUUGGGACGGAGGGAGUAUCAUAAUAUGACUAUGGGAAAUAUCAUUGAUUUAUUUUGAAGCUAACAACUGUAGAUGGAUGGAGUCUUUGUUGUCAUCCCCACAGAUAGACAAAGCCCCUACUGAUUAAUGACUUGUUUUAGUGCCCCAUCGUUUGCCAGAGUUAUGUGGUAAGUCAUGUGCAUCCGUAAAUAUAUGAACUGGAAAAUCCACACUUGAGCCUUUACUUUUUCAAGCAUCACACUUGAUUUCGGGACAUGAAGCUUGUCUUGACCAUAGUUCUUGCUAAUUUUGCUCUGUAUAUCGCAGCCCAUCCAUCCAUCCCUGUUAGGCGGAACAACUGGAUGUUGCAUACUACUACUGGCGUGCUAACAACAUGCGUCGAAAUGACAACUGUAUACUAGGAGACUGAAGAAGCCAGAGCAGUUGGCCACCUCCCUGCCUCUACAUGUUAAUUGCCCUUCUUGGCGUCCUGAUGCCAUUUGUACAGAAGUAAUCUCAAGUAAAAGCCAACCAAUAUUUUGCACAGGAGAAACAGUUGAGCCAAAUUCUUUUAACAGCUACCCGAGGUUGUGAAGCGACGGCUGCAAGUUACCAUGGAAACUCGUACAAAGAGCAUGGUCCCUAAUUAAAUUAGCUCUCCCGAUAUGUAUAAUUUCUCAUUCAGAUGUACCAUCCCAGUUGUUCAUAUUGAAUCGGUAUAUAUACAACUUGUCUGCGUUACUGACGGUA